UGUCAUUAUAAGGUAGAUACAUGCAUAGAACUAAUAUCAUUACUAACCAAACAUGGAGCUGAUAUUAAUGGAAAGACUGUGGAUGGUGAUACUCCUUUAACAUGUGCUAUACGAUACAGCCGUGAUAAUAUAGCUUCAUGUUUAAAACUAGUAUCAUUACUAAUCGAACAUGGCGCUGAUAUAAGACAAAAGAGUAAAUCAGGUAUUACACCAUUAAUGACAGCGGUGCAAUACGCUACUCGCACAGACAUCGUUAAACUUGUAUUGGGAGAUGAAGAUAACGUUAAUAGUACUGAUGAUGAUGGUUUAUCAGCAUGUAGAUAUUGUUUUAAACGGGACUACUCAUAUCCUACAAAAAAGGAUUAUAGGACUACUCUUACCAUCUUCCAACUUUUAGUUGAGUCUGGUGCUAAUAUAGUUAGUAAUGGAGUUAAAUUACUUCAUGAUAUUCUUACACUCGGUAAUUUACAAAUCUUUGAGUAUUAUAUUGGAUUAAAGUCACCAGUUGGAGAUGCAACUGAUCAAACAAAUAAAAAUAUUUUUCAUCUCCUUGCCCAAGUGAAAUAUAAAUUUACAUUUGAUAAAUUUAACUGGCUGUUCGGUUACGGUGUUGACAUAAAUCACACAGACUAUAAAAGCAACACUCCGGUUAUUAUUGCCGGGUAUUUGAUUAACAACAUAUAUUUAGAGUUGUUAACCAAACAAGGUCGUGUAUGUGAUGUUAAUAUACAGAACAAAUUAGGACACACUGCUUUACACGCUGCUGUUAUUGCUUGUUCGUAUUUGAACAGACAGUAUAAACAAGCGGAAAUAGCUGAGUUGAAGAGGAAUGUCAGCAACGAAAAGCUAAAAGAAAAGUCGCAAACUGAUCGUAUGAAUGCAUUCAAAACCCUUCCAGGUUUGCAGCAAAACAUACCGUUAACUGAUUCAUUACAGAACAAUUUGCAUGUGAAUUACAAGGCAUUUAAUGAAUGUGUAGAUAUCCUUGUUAACGCUGGAGGAGAUGUCAAUAUUCAAGACUCCGAUGGUAAAACAGCAUUAAUGUUAGCUGCCGAAAUCAAUGAUACACAUAUUAUCAAUAAACUUCUAGAUGUAGGAGCGGAUCGUCAUAUUGUCGAUUAUAAACAUGGAUCAUCAGCCUUACAAUUUCUUGAUCUUGGUUUUGGUCAAAAGUGUUUGACACUUCUGUUAGAUAAAGAUUGUAGGUAUCUCCUAAAUUUACCAAACAGACAGAGAAACCGAUUGAUUCAACGAAUGUUACUCUUCCCAUGGCCCCAAUCAAACCACAAUACCAGCUUCAUUCGGUAUUUGAUUGCUGAAAACUGUUGCCUUCAACAUUUACAGUCUUCAUCUACCCAAACCAAUCACUACAAUGAGCAUGUUACUUUAGAAAACUUUAACAGCGAAAAGAGACAUAAACUUCGACAACUUCUUUAUCGAAGCGGAGCACCAAAAGAAGAAAUUGUUUCCGUUGUUAACUUUAAAAUGGAAGAUAAGGCUAGGACAACAGACGAGGCGUUACAUUCACCAAAUAGAGAAAGGUUUGAUUUGUUCUGUUUCAGCUUAACUCUAAAGGAAAAAUGUGUAAGGAUUAUUAGACAACACAUUGGACUUGAUAUCAAGAGAAAGGUUGAACAGUUAGAUAUAUCCUUAGAACUAAAAGAUGACGUCUUUCUCAUCCAUUACAUUCCUAAACGAUAUUUCCACGAUAAUAUUGAUGAUGUCUUCAAGGAUGAUGAUAUUUUGGAUUCUAGAGAUGAAGAUGGUUUUAUUUAUGAUGAUCGACACAUGGAUAUUAAUAGUUUCAUCCCGCAAACACCUGAAUGUAAUGAUGAUAACGAUGGACAGGAAGAUGGUUUGACACGGAAGGGGUUUAGUCGUCGGAAUGUAGGUAAUGGCGUUUAUAACUAUAAAUACUAUGAAAUGAAAAGGACAUUAGAACAAUUUGUUAAAAAAGACGAAGAAGAAUUGAGUACACCAUCAUAAUCAUCAGAAGAAUACAACGAUGAUGAUGAUGAAAACGACGACGGUGAUGAUUACGACGACGACGAGGCGAAAAGUGUUUAGUAGGAAAUCGAUAUACUAAAAAACGUUACUGUUCCAGAAACGAAAAUAAAUUAGAAGAACUAAUUCAGUAAUCGGUAAUAAUUGGACUUAGUACAGACCCUGUUUAUUUUUGUCAUAUUAUAGAGCACUAUUACUUCAUUUCAAAACUGACUAAAUAUUAUCAAUGUCUCUAUUAUAGUUGAACGAUUGCCACUGACAAUAACAGACUUUAUUAGAACAAAUCGGUUAUCAAUUCAUUAUAUAAUCCGGGUUCUUUGUAUUAUUGCAAGCGGGAGCUGCAGUGACUCAGUGAAUAAGAAGGUGGCUCGCUAACCUGGUGGUUUCGAGUUCGCUCUAGAUUUUGCCCAAUGCUGACAAGUAGAACUUUCAACCUCAUUUUAUUUCAUUUUAUUACAUGCUUAUAACCGGAUUCUAACAAAAGUUCAUACUAGCUUGUACCCAUAUGCUAAACUCAUUGUUUUGGAAUUUCGAAUUGAAGCUUUUCCACUCACAUUUACCAUCUUUGUGUUGCUAUUAAUCAGUAGUGUUUAUAGUCUACAAAGUAUCGUAGGUAUAAUUCAUUUAUCAGCACCAUUUUGUCAUUAAAUCAAGUUAAACCACUUGAUAAUGCUUUCUUUUAUUAGCACCAUGUUGUCAUUAAUGGUUUAUCAGCAGCAUCAUAUUGCCAUUAAUAAUUUGCAUUGUCAUUAAUGGUUUAUCAACACCAUGGUGCCGUCAUUAUUAAUUUGAAUUGUAAUUAAUAGUUUAUCACCUUCAUAUUGUCAUUAUUAAUUUGUAUUGACAUUUAUAAUUUUGAUUUGUUCCUAAUUGCUUAUAAUCGCCAUAUUGUCUCGAAUCUGUUAUCGUAAUUAAUGGUUUAUCGGCUUCAUGCUGUACUUACUAUUGUUUUUAUUGCCUUAUAAUAAGGCUCAGGUUUUACAUUGACAGUAAUAAUUACUAUUCCUGGUAUAGAUGUGAACCACGUGCUUAUAUAUGAUUAUAAACCACAACUUAAUUGCUUAAGUAUUCUAAAUUACAUUUAUUAAGUAUUCUAAGUUACCUGUAAUUAUAAAAAAUGUAUUUAAUUGCUACUAAUUAGCUUAUAAUGCGUGUUAAUGCUGAGAAUUCCGGAAUAUAUUCGAACAAAACGGUCAUUAAAUACAGCAUUAUAUAAACGGGGGGGGGGGGGGGUAAUGCAACUGCGAGCUGCGGUGGCUCAGUGAGGAAGACGCUUACUCGCUAACCUGGUAGUUUCGGCUUCGCUUCAGGUGUUGGUUGAUUCUGAAAAGUAGGACGCUUAGAAUUGGAUUAUGACAAUACUUAAUACGGAACUGCCAAAUUGACUAUUAUGAAAUUGCUAUUGGGGCUUUUCCACUUACAUUUAGCCAUCAUUGUGUUGCCGUUUAUAGUUUGUAGUCUACAUAGUUAGUAUUAUAUGUAUUAUUCAUUUAUCAUAGAUAAUUAAAUAAAACCACGCGACCAUGCUUUCGUUUAUUUGCAUCAUGUUGUUUAUCAGCACCAUGGUGUGAUUAUUAAUUAGUAAUUAAUGGUUUAUCAUCUCCAAGUUGUCAUUAUUAAUUUAUAGUGAACGGUCUAUUAGCUCCAUUUCGUCAUUAUUUACAUUGUCAAUAAUUGUUUAUCAGCACCAUGGUGUGAUUGUGAGUUAGUAUUGCCAUUAAUGGUUUAUUAUCUCCAAGUUGUCAUUAUUAAUUUGCAUCAAUAAUGGUUUAUCAGCACCAUAUUGCCAUUAUUUAUUUGUAUUGUAAUUCAUGGUUUAUCAGCUCCACGCUGUCACUGUUGUUUUUCCAGCUUCAUGCUGUCAAUCUCAUUUUACUGAAAUUAAUAAUUUAUCAACACCAUGGUACUAAUACUUUUAAUUGCAUUGUUAUUAAUGAUUUAUCAACACCAUGGUACCGCCAUUAUUAAUUUGUAUUGUAAUUAAUAGUUUAUCACCUUCAUAUUGUGAUUACUAAUUAGUAUUGUUAUUAAUGGUUUAUAAUCUUCAUGUUGUCAUUAAUAUUUUGUUGUUAUUAAUGGUCUGUCAAAAUAUUUUACUGUAAUUAAUGGUAUAUCAGCUCCAUGAUGUACUUAUUUUUAUCGCCUAAUAAUACGACCUGGUUUUUACAUUGACAAUUCACAUCACAGAGCCUGGCAUGGAUGCGGACCACGUGUUUAUGUAUUCUAAAUGGGGGACUACGAGGUGUUGGCCUCGGACCCCCAAAUAAAAAGUACGAAAUAAAACGUUAUUAUUAUAUUGUACAUUUUCACCCGAAAAGGCUUUAUUAAAAUUUGCAUAUUUAGGUAUUAUAACUACUGUUCUAGUGAUAAUCAACUUAACAAUAUAGUAAUUAGAAUUGUUUUAGUCGUUGGGGAUUAAACACUCUACGUAUUGGUAGUGAGGCAACUGGUAGGUUUAUUUAUAAGAUUUAUAAGUUAGCAACUGUUUCUAUAGAUUUGGGAACUUAUAACAACUCAAAGAUAUUUUAACCCAAGAAACAGUCAGUUCUUUAGUUACGUUUACUAACUAUAAACUUAUUAGAAACCUGACCAGUUAUUUAGUUACGUUUACUAACUAUAAACUAUAAACCUGACCUGUUGUGUAAAUAUAUUAGGUUUAAUAUCAAGUGAUUUUGUGUAUAUCUAAGUUUCUAAGAAUAAUUACUAAUAAUUGAUAAUCACGAGGACAGAAUUUUUAUAAUACUUAAAUAUGCAAAUUCCAAUAAAGCCUUAAUAUACAAUAUAAUAAUAUACAUUCAUUCGAUACAGCUCUGGGGGUUUUAUUUUUAAAUAUAACUGUCCUUUGUUUGGAUAGAGUGGUUCAAAUGUGGUCGGCUCUUUUAUAUUUCUUUUUGCAAAUGCUUAACUUUAACUAAAAUAUGUAAAUGUAUUAUCCACGAGGAUAAAUGUCCAGUAUUAGUACUUGACCAAAAUGUAUUCGUUUUAAACUAUUGGCCAAAAAGUAUCACUUCAAUGUCUUAGAUACAUAUUAUUAUCUAAAAGAUUGUUUUUGGAUUGUUUGCCUAAAAGUUACUAUUUUGUAUAAAAAUAGAUUAUGAACAUUAA